UACAAAUUUUCGAAUAUUUAAAAUUUGCAUGAAAUUCGGCAACAGUCACCCUGAACAAAGUAUUGCCAGACUGCCCGUCGCCUGCUCACCGCCUCCGUGUUUUGAUCCGGUCGUGCAGCUCACGCAAAUUCGAGAUAAAAAUUGCAAUAAACUUAUAAACGAUACUCCUGCACUAUAAUACUGUAUGUCUGCUCUCAUACGAUGUUCGCUUUUCAGGUUUUUUCAUGUCAGAUUGAAAGCUUCUCCUUGAUGAAAAACUGACCGUCUCAUCUCCGUUAUUUUAAUGUUUUCAUAAUUCUUUAGUCUUGCUUGUGUUAUUGACAGUACUGUCUUGGGCAUUUGUUGGGUGGAUUGAUGGAACUGCAUGUACCAUGGUGAAGAAAUCCAAACGGAAACCCCGCGCCCCCUCCACCGAGGGGGCGCCCCCAUCCCCCGCCGCCGUUGACGACGAGCCCCCCGCCGUCCCCGACCCGCACCCCGAUGACGACGACGAGCCGCCCCUCGACCCCAUCCCCUCCCCGCCCGCCUCCCCCGCCGAGGAGGGCGCCGUCCUCCAACGCGACGCCACCGUCGAGCGCCUGACCGCCGCCGCCGAGGAGGCCCAGGAGUACGUGGAGGAUGUGCUGGACGGGGUGGCCGAUAAGCCCGUGGAGAGCGGGGAGGAGGAGAAGGAAGAGGAGGUCUUCGAGGAGGCCGUGGCGAUGAAGGACCCCGUGGACGGACCCGCGCCCCUGGAGGCAGUGGAGGAGAGUCCCGUGGGUUGCGAGGAGACGGUGGUGGGGGAGGGCAGCAUGGCGGAGGGGUCGGGGCGGAAGAAGCGGAAGAAACGCGUCAGUUUCUGCGGGGAGAACGAGCAUGAUGUCGUCACGAAGUUCGUCGAUGCACCCGAUCCCUGGCGACACGCGGAUGAGAGCUCGAUGCAGGAUGUGCUGGAGGCGUAUGCGCGCAUGUGUCUGAGCAAUAAAGUGCAGCCGCUGCCCAAAGUGCUGGAAUCCAUCAAGCGCAAUCCGGGACGGCGGCAGCGUGUCGGUGUGUUUGAUCUGUCCGGGGAAAACAUCGAUCUCCACACCGUCGACACCCUCGAGUCCAUCUUCCAGCGUAUGUGCUUCGAGGAAUUAAACCUCACCCAGUGCCUCACCGACGAUGAGCUGGCGGUGGCGUUGAUGGAUAUGCUGGAGUAUUACCAGUUCGCCGACCGGCUGGUCAUGGCCGGCAAUAAAAAACUGCAGUUCCGCGGCUGGCUAGCCCUCGCCAAAAUCCUCAAAAAGUGUUGCGUGUACUACCUGGAUUUGCGGAACAACGCCCUGCAGGACCAGUAUACGUCGUUGAUUACGCGGGCGCUGCGUUGCGGCAGCAACAUUGUCACCCUGCACAUGGAAAACUGCAACCUCAGUGGCCGGGGCACCUUCCUCCUCAUUUCGGCGCUGCAGUUCAGUGAGACGGUGCAGGAGCUGUUCCUGGCCGACAACCGUCUCACACCCACCGACAUGAUCCACGUGGCCUCCGCGUUGAAACACGGCUGGCGGAUUAAACUGCUGGAUCUGCGGAAUAAUUCCAUCGCGGAUGUGGGCGCCAGUCAUCUCUUCGACAGUCUGGAUGACGACGGGAACGGCGCGCACUACGGACUGCGCGCGCUGGUGCUGUGGAAUAAUUAUCUGACCGGGAAUGUCGCCAAAAGCCUCGCCUCGGCGCUGAACCGUACGCGCUCGCUGGAGACGCUGAACAUGGGGAUGAACGAUUUGACGGAUGAUGCGCUGUUUGUGAUAAAGGACGCGCUGAUGCGCAAUCGCUCGCUGCGCCGUCUCGGUCUGCAGUCCUGCAAGAUUUCCAACGAAGGGUGUAUUGCGCUGGCGGAGUACCUGGCGGAUCAUCCGCGCUUCCUGCGACUGGAUCUGCGCAAUAACGAGCAGAUCCGCGCCGGCGGGUGGCUGGCGUUGGCCCACGCGACGAAGUUGUGCCCCGGACUGAUCCGGCUGGACAUGAGUUAUGAUGUGAAGGACGCCAAGCACAUGGAGACGAUUCGCGAGGCGCUGAAGAUGAUCCAGAUGACCUGCAUCAACAACAUCGAGAAAUUCGAGCAAGGCAGUGCGCCGCAGCCGUUGGACGGGCAGCCGGCCGGCCCGGAGGAGCCGCCGCCCCACACCGAAGCCCAGCUGGUGGACGACGUGGUGGAGCUGGAGGAAGAACAAGAGCCCCCGGCGCCGAUUCUGGACCUGGAGGACCCGGCCGGGGACUUCCCGGAGUUCCUGGGCAACACCGCCACCUCCGCGUCACCCUCCUCCCUGGACAUCGACGUGCCCAAGAAAUGUCGCCCCGCCGGCGGGAUCCGCCGCUUCUCCAUCACCAGCGUCAUGGCCACCGGCCCGCUCUCCGUCCAGGACCGCCUGCACGAGGAGCUCUUCCCCCUGCGUCCCGCCCCGCCCGCCUCCGUCUUCCCGGGCGGUCCGGCCGUCGUCAAGGGCCGCUUCCAGAUCAGUCUGGUCAAGGCUACGGAAAAAAUCUACAACAGCAUGCAGUCGGUGCUCAGCCCGACCAACGAAGCCUCCCCGACGGUCUCCAAGGGCUCCCCGCCCGGUGGGACCGACCCCAAGCCCGGGGGGUUGUUGAGCUCGUGGAAGAACACCUUCCGCCGCAACAGCAAGGAUACCAUGGUCCCCGCGGAGGUCCCGAAGCCGGAGCGGGUGGAGAACGUCAAGGAGGAGGAGUCGGGGCGUCUGGAGGACCUCCAGAUGCUGCUCCCGGCCACCCACGCCUUCGGGGAUGGGAUGAUGUUCUGAGGAGGGACGUCCGCCAUGAUGUAGUCAGGGUAGCUCGGGCAGGGACCAAAGGGACGCCCGCCGGAAGUCCCGGUGGAGGCGGGGAGGACGUCCCGUUGUUGUUGUUAGUUUUCCCGUUUUUUUUGGAUGUGGCUGGCGCAUUCCGGAGAGUGUCGACGGGGGAGUGGGGGGCGCGGAGACUGCCUUAAUUUAAAAUCCUUUAUUUUUAUUCGUUUUCCUUCCCAGGGCUGUUUUUAUCGUUGGUGUGUGAUUUUUUGCUUUGAUUUUGUGUGGCGUUUUUUGCAGUGGAGUUUUGGUUGUUUUUCAGUGUGUCUUGUACAGUAUGUCAUGUUAAUGGUUGAUUGUUGUGAAAUUUUUACCGAUUAAAU